ACACGCCUCCGCGGGCGCUGAAGAAGCUACUUCUUCCACCGUCUGAGACCUUAAGAAUCAUGGAUAAUUAUGUAAUAAUUAAAAUGAUUGGAGAAGGAGCAUUUGGCAAAAUAUUCUUAGCCAGAAAAAAAGAGGAUAAUCAACAAUGUGUUAUCAAGGAGAUCAAUUUAACUAAGAUGCCAAGGAAGGAAAAAGAAUCAUCUCAGAAAGAAGCAACUCUUCUAGCCAAGAUGAAGCAUCCCAAUAUUGUAGCUUUCUACACUUCCCUUCAAGAGAAAAAUAACUUGUAUAUUAUGAUGGAAUAUUGCAAUGGAGGUGACCUAAUGAAAAGAAUAAAUAUGCAAUGUGGAGUGCUCUUUGAUGAGGAUAAAAUCUUGGGUUGGUUCGUGCAAGUUGCCUUAGGCCUGAAGCAUAUACAUGACAGGAAGAUUCUGCACAGAGACAUAAAAACACAGAACAUUUUUCUUAGCAAUGAUGGAAAAACAGCAAAAUUGGGAGAUUUUGGCAUUGCAAGGAUGUUGAACAACACAAUGGAAUUUGCUAGUACCUGUGUAGGAACACCAUAUUACCUAUCACCUGAAAUCUGUGAAAACAAACCAUAUAAUAAUAAAACAGAUAUAUGGUCUCUUGGCUGUGUGUUAUACGAGUUGUGUACUUUAAAGCAUCCUCUGGAAGACUCAAAUCCAGGACUCCCCCAUUGGCACUUGCACAACAUCUACCCAACAACUUUCACAUUGAUUCUCAAAUGGAAAGCCAAAUGGGUUGCUGAGUGCCCAGACAUAAACCGCACAAAAAAGUUUGAAGGCAACAAUUUGCCCCAACUUAUAAUGAAGAUCUGCAGAGGCCAUUUCAUUCCUGUGUCUGUGAAGUAUUCUUCCAAUCUGAGAUUGUUAAUAUCCCAGUUGUUUAGAACUUCUCCAAGAGAUCGCCCUUCUAUUAACUCUAUUUUAAAAAAAGCCUUUUUGGAGAAGCAGAUAAAGAAUUAUUUGCCACCUGAGAUCAUUGAAGCAGAAUUCAGUCAUACUGUUAUUCACAGGAAAAAGUCAUCAGCUUCAUCACUAGGUCAGAAACGAAGACUCCAUGAUUAUCGUUCUCCCAAAAUCAAGAUGGAAAUGCUUCCUAGAAAAUUAGUGUAUAAAAAUGAAUGCUAUUCUCCUUCAAGUAUUCAGGAUCCAAUUAUUAAGCCCUUGGGUCCUGCGUUUAAAAUAUGUGGGAAGCCAGAGGUCAUUAGAAUGUGUGGACAUUAUGACCAUUAUUACGUAAAGCUGGCAAGCCUGCGGAAGAGAGCUUUAGUCCAAGAUGAUGAUCCCUGUAUUGGCCAGAGAAUGGAAGAAUAUUAUAAGCAGAAAGGACAAGAACCACCUCCUCCUCCACCUCAUGGGCCUUCAGAAUAUCUUCAGAGACGAUUUAAUGCUCAGCAAAACAAGUUAAAAGUAGAGAAGCAACUGGGGCUACGGCCAUCUUCUGCUGAAUUUUGUCAGCUGCAGAAUCAAGAAAUGAAGGAAGAACAGCUCAAAGUCUGUAAUAAUGCUCUUCCUCAAAAAAAUGAAAUGAAACAACAGGAAUACCUGAAGCAGUUACAUGAAAUUCGCCAACAGUACCAGAGUGAAGUAAAUGAAAUUCGCCUUAAAGCAGUUAAGGAAAAUAAAAACAUAAGGGACAAAACCUAUAUUGUGAAACUGGGAAAGAGUGAAGACCAUGAAGAAAGAAAUGAACCAGGCCAGGACAUGGAACAAAACCUGAAACAAAUUGGUCUGCAGAGAGGGCAGGAGAAGAAGAAUCCAGAAGUACAACAGAAAGCAAAGGGAGGGGUAAAGUUUCAGAUUGAUCUAACAGACGAUGCAGCAGAUGAGAAAAACAUCCUGGAAGAAAAUGAGCAGCAUGAUAAACUUAAUGAAACACUGACUUUUGAACAUGGAGAAAACCUUAAGAAAAAACUGGCAAACUAUGAGGAAGAAUUACAGCACUGGAAGAUGGAAGCUGACAAUGAAGAUGCGAUAAAUGACAGAAAACACUGGCGAAUCGCAACUCCACAGACACUAUUGAAUUUCUUAGAAAAUGUAGAUACCACAUCUGUACAGAAUAUUAUGGAGGAAGCUGGCCAGGUAAAUGAAAUACAAUCUGAGUUCCCUGAAAUUAGGAAAAAAUGGAGCCCAAGAUUACCAAGUACUCUAAUGAAUAUGUUAGCAGAAGCAGAAUGUACCAGUGACACCUUGUGCCAAACUGAAGAACAUAAAGAAACAAUAAAUCAUGAGAUUCCAGAAUCUACUAAAGAUGCUCCAGAUGUUAAUUUGGCUGCUAACCCAGAUGAAAGUAAACUUGAUCCAAGUUCGGAUGAUGAAGAUACAAACUUUGAAGAAUCUGAAGAUGAACUGAGAGAUGAGCUAGUGGAAUCUUUAGAAAAUGUGGUAACAUCUCUAGAGGAGGAAAUUUCAAAAAGUCCAGUUGAAUCGGCAAACCUGGAACAACAAAAACAAUCUACAGACGGUAGCAAAUUUAGUAAAUCUAAUGAGAGUUUGGAAAAUAAUAAUGACUUGGCUGGAGAAAAACAAAGUGCAAUCAGUUAACACAUUCUUGGAUUCAAGUCCUGAUCCUGCAGUCACAAAAUCCAAGUAAAUUACUCAGAGGAAAUUUAAAGACAUGUCUCCUUGACUGGCAGCUCUUGCUUCAACAGUAAGGGGAGACCAUGGACAAAAGAAGCUUUAUCCAGCUUUGGCAACAUUUACAGUCCUAUCUGAAGAACAAUGCUGUGGCAACAGUAAAUCCUGCACUCUGUACCUUUGAAGACAACGCAGAAGCUACAAGAGAUACAGAAUGUACUGUAGUGUCUAGAUUGAGUAGAAGAACUUGGUAGGGCGGAGUAACACUAUUUUGAGGCCCUACUAUUGGUUGCUAAUAAGCCUGAGUUCAAUUCAAAUGUACUGGAUGUAUUCUUAUAUGAACAUUGUGUUUAUAUACUGAACUGAUCUAAUAUUGGUUACUUCUCAGUUUGCACAAUUGGGGCAGGCUAUAGAUACUAUUAAAUAAAUUUCAGAGAAAUAUUCAAUAUGUUGCAGCAUACUAGUGUACCUCUCCUAUCAAACAUUUCACUGUUAUGGGUUUCUGGAACAAUUGCCUCUUACUUGUUGGUCUUUAUGUCUUAUUUAAAAUUCCUAAGUAUUCAGUUUCAGUAUUUAAGAGAGCUGACAAUUUGGCCAUGAAUAUCAAAAAUAUUAAACAAAUUUCAGAGUUAAUCAUGUAUAAUGUUUAUGACAUUAUGUGAAUCAUAACAAGUAUUAUUUGCUACUUUUUAGGACUAUGAGUGAAGAGAGAAAACCUGAGAUAAUCACAUAAAAUCUUGAUGAGAAUACAGUAUCUGGUUAUUAAUAGCAAGUAUUCAUGGCAGUUUAUAUACAAGGACCAUUUUAGGUCAGGCAGUAUAGUGAAUCACCAUGUCAAUUUGAGGUAAUAUUGAGGAGAGUAUGCCAUAUUGAUCUGAAAAUGCAAAUUAAAUCUUAAUUACACAAUCUAUUUUACUGACCAAAAUUUUCUAAGUAGCAGUUUAUAGAACAGACACAA